UCAAAACCUGAAAAAAAAUGGUCUGCAUCGUCAUUUCUCUCCAUUCUCCCCCUAAUUCUCUCCUCUCUACCCCAAAUUCGGCACUGUAAGAUUAUUAGUCUUAUGUUGAUUCCCUAUAUAUAUGCAUAUCUAUAUCGAACCAAUACUGCAAUCGUCCUUGUCCAAAGCAAACCUCUACCUUUCAAAACUACGAAGAGUUUCAUGACCCACACAACCUUCCACUAGCCAUAGCUUGACUUUGCUUGUUUUUAAAAUAUAUUUUCCUUCUUCUUCAAUCACUAAAAUCUUUUUUAGCACCCCUCUAGCAGAAAAUGGGUACAACUUGUGGUUUAACGAUUGACCCAAUUUAUAGAUAUGUGAGGGCCCUUGUUAUUUGUUUCAUUUUGUUACCUUGUAUACAGUUAUCUUUGGGAGCCAAAACCAGGCACUUCAAAUGGGAAGUGGAGUAUAAGUAUUGGUCUCCCGAUUGCAUAGAGAAUAUCGUGAUGGCAAUCAAUGGCCAAUUUCCCGGUCCGACGAUCCGGGCAAAAGUUGGAGAUACCAUUAAUGUUGAACUCACUAACAAACUCUCCACUGAAGGAGUUGUAAUUCACUGGCACGGAAUCCAUCAGAUUGGAACACCUUGGGCAGAUGGAACUGCUUCCAUUUCACAGUGUGCUAUCAACCCUGGAGAGACCUAUAAUUAUAGGUUUAAAGUUGAUAAGCCAGGAACAUACUUUUACCAUGGGCACUUGGGCAUGCAGAGAUCAGCAGGGUUGUAUGGGUCUCUGAUAGUGGACUUGGCAGAAGGAGAGAAAGAGCCAUUCUAUUAUGAUGGUGAGCUCAAUCUAUUGUUGAGUGACUGGUGGCACAAAAAUACUCAUGACCAAGAGAUUGGCCUCUUCACCAACCCAUUUCGUUGGGUUGGUGAAUCCCAGAGCUUGCUGAUCAAUGGAAGGGGGCAGUACAAUUGUUCCUUGGCAGCAAAGUUCAGUAGUAAUACAUCCAUUAGCCAGUGCAAAUUAAGAGGAACUGAACAAUGUGCACCCAAGAUUCUACAUGUGCUCCCAAAUAAGACUUACAGGCUAAGACUUGCCAGUGCCACUUCAUUAGCUUCACUCAACUUGGCCAUUGGGAAUCACAAAAUGCUGGUGGUGGAAGCCGACGGGAACUACGUCCAACCAUUUGAGGUUGAUGACUUAGACAUAUACUCCGGCGAGAGCUACUCAGUCCUAUUAACCACAAACCAAGACCCUUCCAAUAACUACUGGCUUUCGAUAGGUGUAAGAGGAAGGCUUCCUCAAACCCCUCAAGGCCUUACCAUCCUAAAUUACAAACCAAAUUCAGCCUCAAAGCUUCCCAUUUCUGCACCUCCAAUCACUCCUGUAUGGAAUGAUUAUAACCACAGCAAAGCCUUCACCAACAAAAUUCUUGCUCUCAUGGGGACCCCAAAGCCUCCUGUAAACCAUGACCGUAGGAUCAUCCUCCUCAACACUCAAAACAAAAUCAAUGGAUAUACCAAGUGGGCACUAAACAAUGUGUCCUUAGUAUUACCACCUACACCUUACUUGGGCUCCAUAAAAUAUGGUUUUAAAAAUGCUUUUGACCAAAAGAACCCACCAGAGAACUUUGAUAGCAUUAAUUAUGAUGUGACGAAACCACCAGUGAAUCCUAACUCAACUUAUGGAAAUGGGGUUUACAUGCUAGGUUUCAAUACUACAGUGGACGUGAUACUUCAAAAUGCCAAUGCAUUGAGUGCCAAUGUUAGUGAAAUACACCCUUGGCACUUGCAUGGUCAUGAUUUUUGGGUGUUGGGGUAUGGUGAUGGGAAAUUUUCUGCAGACAAGGAUGAGAAGAAACUGAACUUGAAGAAUCCACCGUUGAGGAACUCUGCAAUCAUUUUCCCAUAUGGAUGGACAGCUUUAAGGUUUGUGGCUGAUAAUCCAGGAGUAUGGGCCUUCCAUUGCCACAUUGAACCACAUUUGCAUAUGGGUAUGGGUGUGGUCUUUGCUGAAGGUGUUGAUCGUCUGAGUACGAUACCUAAUGAGGGUCUUACCUGUGGUCUCACUGGAAAGAUGUUCUCGGGCCAGAAGAACUGAGAGUAAUACCUUCCUUUUAUUCCACCGCAGCUUUGUAAUUGUGCACUUUUUUUUAUGCAAUGCAACUUAGAGUUUAUUAGAAGUUAGAACAACUUGUCAAGAAUAGUGUAACUCAGUAACAUUGCUAUUUAUGCAAUGCAACUUAGAGUUUAUUAGAAGUUAGAACUUGUCAAGAAUAAUGUAACUCAGUAACAUUGCUAAGAACUUGUGUUCAAAUCUCUCUUCCUUCA